AUUAGUAGCAUCACUGAAUAAUUACACCUGAUAAAAAAGCAGAUAAUCACAGAAAAUCUACAAAAUAUUUGUUAUCAUUGUUUUUAUUUGAUUUCAGUUAAAUAUAGUACUACACUUGAUUGGAUGGUUUAUCUCAAUAGUUUUGCUGGAUUUUUGUAUCAUUCCCUCCAGUUUUCACAGGUAAACAAAGUUGGAAUUAUAAGCAAAAGUAACAAUAGUGAUAAUUUGACUUCCAGAUUAUUGUAGCCAUACAUUAGAGCUGUCGAUUAUUUUGGAAGUAUUUCUGGAACCAUAGCAUGGCAGAAGCUAUUGUUGGGCCAGUCCAGAACUUACAAGUACAAGGGUUUUAUUGAUCCUAUAAGAUAGCAUUAGAAACCACAAUGGAUGACAACCUUGACCUUGAUUCUAGUGACCCUUUUAUGUCAAAAGGACAUAGUGACAAUGGAGAAAUAAAUCAAAGUGACCUUUUAAAUUACCAGAUGGCAAAUCAGCAAGUGCCUGGUUCCAUGGAUGAUUACCAUAGUGAUGAGACAGACAAUAGCCUUUUACAUGGUCAAAACCAAAGUUCUUUCAUUCCUCCUUAUACUGGGAAGGAAUUAGUUGAUUCUAGUCUUUCAGAUUCAAACAGAGAUUGGGAACAAGAGGAUGACAUGAUGUUUAACCAAGGAAGUAGUGAUCCUCUAGUGAAGGGUUCAGUGAACCAAUUUCAACCUGAUCUUCUUAAUAUGAAUCCACUUUCAUUAGAAUCAAAGAGUAGUCAUGAAGAAACUAGUUUCAGAGAUGAUUUUUUUGCACCCAAUAAUCUUUCAGAAAAGCCAAUAGCUCAAAGUGGCUACGAAGAACAUGUUCCUUCUUCACAACCUCCUGAUCUUUUAAUGAUGGAGUCCUCAGCUUCACAUACUGAGGCGACUGAAGGUUAUGAACAGACAGUUAAAACUUGUGAUACAGAUUUAAAGAGUUGUGGUGAUACAGAUUUGAAGAGUUGUGAUGAUAAUGAUUUGCACACUCAAAGUAUUCCUCAAGAUAGACAUGAAGCAAUUGAGAAUGACUUUUAUAAUGAGGAUGAACAUGCAGAUCAUUAUGAUGACGAAUAUGUGGAUUCAGAUGAAAGUGAUUACACAGAUGAAUCCAUGGAUAAAAUGGAAGGUCAAACUGGUUUAGAACAUAUUGUUCCAGACAUAUGUGAUACAGAAGAAAAGCAACAACCUGUUGAAAUUGAAGACACUGAAAAUGCUUUGAACAAUAGUGUUGAUCCAAAUAUAGGUGCAUCCGGUAUAACACAGAAAGAUUCUGAUUAUUUAAAGAACGUUCAGUUUGAAGAUAAUGUAGUACAUAGUCAAUUAUCUGAUGAAGAAAAUGGAAAUAUGGCUGUUCAAGCAAGCCAACCAGCUUUUACAAAUUCAGAACAUUUAGACCUUUUAAAACAAGAGGAAAAGGAAUCUUUGGGUAGCGAUUCUGAAGAUGAAUUUGAGUCAGCAACUCCUCAACAAAUUACUUCCAAAGAAUCAAAUGAGGACAAAGUUGAUUUGAUUUCAGAUCAGCAAGCAAUAGAAGGAACUUCAGAUAUAGCACUAAAUAACAAAGACAUUCCCAUAGAAAGUGACGAUUCAGACAUGGAAGAAAGGUCAUUAACUCCUGAUCCUAAUCAGUCUUCGCGUAUGGAGACAGGACCUCCUUUUCACGAUUUCGUAGGAGGUCAAUCGACUGAUCAGGUUCAGAUAAGUGGAUUAGUAGAAGGUACACUAAUGGAAGAAUCAGAGAGCACAGAUGAUGAAGAGCUUGAACAACAAUGUCAAGUUCCUUUGGAGCAGUUACCUGGAUCUGCUGCUAUGACAAUGGAACAAACUCAACAGAUUGAUAACAAUUUUGUUACUAAAAGUGAACAUGUAGAUCAGUUUGACCUUCAUAAAGGUCACAUAUUAGAAGGACUUUCAGAUAAUGGAGAAAAACAUUUUGAAGAUAGUUUUGAACAAAGUCAUUCUUUGCAUGAACAGCAAGAAGUUAAAAAACAAAAUUCAUUUGAUAAUCAAGACCUUGAAAUGGAAAGUAGAAUGCAACAUAAACAGCUUAAUGAAGCUGAAAAGAUCAAUUACUUAGUUUCUGAUGAACUUGAAAUAAGUCAUAAACAUGAAGAAGGGUUGCUAACAGAAUCCAACAAAACUCUUUCUGAAAGCAAUGCUGGCGUAGAAAUGGCCACCAAUCCAUCUGUUGAGCCAUUGUUAUCAGAGAUUCCAUCCUCUGAGGAAGUUCAACAACAAACUUUGUUAUCAACUGAAACAUUUGAAAGUGAAAAUCAAAAUAUAGGACAAGAUGUAAGAAAUAAUGAUGUAAAAGGAACAUUGGAUGAGGAUGUGGAACAGGUGGACACUAAACCAGAUAUACUAGAAUAUUCUGAUGAAUCAGAAGAUGAAAUAGAUGAUGGUAAAAUUCAAAAUGAACAAUCUGGAAUGGAUGGCUCAAUUGUGAUGGAGGAAGGGGAAACUUUGGGUGAUAAGAAAAUGGAGGAAUCAAUAUCAUCAGAAGGGGAGGAAGAAUCAUUAAAUAAUGAUUCAAUGACAUCCAAUAUGAUGGAAAAUAAUAAAGAUCUGCCAACUGAACAAGAAAUUUCUUCAUUUCAGCCUGCUAAUUAUUCAACAGACUUGCAGAUGACAGAUUCACAAUUACCAGAACCAGGUGUAGAAGCUUCCAUUAUACCAGAUGAAGGUCAACCAGGUGUAGAAGCUUCCAUUAUACCAGAUGAAGGUCAAAUUUCAGAUAGAAAUGAACCUGUACAGCUUUCACCUGAUAACUCAUCAGAUGAGGUGGAGAUUCCAGCCAAUCAGAUGCGAGAAACGGGUAUGGAAGGAUCAUUUGUACUUGAUGAAGAUGAAACUUUCGAAGAUAAACAAUUUGAUGGAGAUGAUGCAGAAUUUGUACAGUCCACUCCUGAAACUUCUCCAGAAGAUGAGAUUCCAACCAAUCAGAUGAAGGAGCCAAUAAUGCUUGUUGAAGAUAUAAAAUGUGGUGGCGAAAAAACUGAUAAUGAGCAGCCCAUUUCUGAUGUUUCCAAAAAUAAUGAUAUUCAAGCCAAUCAAAUGAGAGAAUCUGGAAUGGAAGGAUCAUUUGUUCUGGAGGAAGGAGAAACUUUUGAUGAUAACAAGUAUGCAGGUGAUGUAGAUGAAUUUGUACAGUCGACACCUGAAAUUUCACCUGAAGAAGAACAGAUUCCACAAAGUCAGAUGAGAGAAACAGGACUGGAAGAUUCUUUAAUACUUGAUGAAGGAGAGACAUUUGAGGAUAAAAAAUAUGAAGGGGAUCAAGCUGGAUUUGAACAUGAUGUAAAUGAAUUUGAACAGACAUCUCCUGAAAUUUCACCCAAAGAAGAGCAGAUUCCACAAAGUCAGAUGAGAGAAACAGGAAUGGAAGGGUCUUUAGUACUUGAUGAAGGAGAGACAUUUGAGGAUAAAAAUUAUAGUGGUGAUGAUGGUGAAUUUGAACAGUCAACUCCUGAGGUUUCACCAGAAGAUGAGGUUCCAGUGCAUCAGAUGAGAGAAUCAGGAAUGGAAGGUUCUUUAGUACUUGAUGAAGGAGAGACAUUUGAGGAUAAAAAAUAUGAAGGGGAUCAAGCUGGAUUUGAACAUGAUGUAAAUGAAUUUGAACAGACAUCUCCUGAAAUUUCACCCAAAGAAGAGCAGAUUCCACAAAGUCACAUGAGAGAAACAGGAAUGGAAGGUUCUUUAGUACUUGAUGAAGGAGAGACAUUUGAGGAUAAAAAUUAUAGUGGUGAUGAUGGUGAAUUUGAACAGUCAACUCCUGAGGUUUCACCAGAAGAUGAGGUUCCAGUGCAUCAGAUGAGAGAAUCAGGAAUGGAAGGUUCUUUAGUACUUGAUGAAGGAGAGACAUUUGAGGAUAAAAAAUAUGAAGGGGAUCAAGCUGGAUUUGAACAUGAUGUAAAUGAAUUUGAACAGACAUCUCCCGAAAUUUCACCCGAAGAAGAACAGAUUCCACAAAGUCAAAUGAGAGAAACAGGAAUGGAAGGUUCUUUAGUACUUGACGAAGGAGAGACAUUUGAUGAUAAAAAUUAUGAUGGUGAUGAUGGUGAAUUUGAACAGUCAACUCCUGAGGUUUCACCAGAAGAUGAGGUUCCAAUGCAUCAGAUGAGAGAAUCAGGAAUGGAAGGAUCAUUUGUUCUUGAAGAAGGAGAAACAUUUGAUGACAAACAGUUUGAGAGCAAUAUGCCUGAAUUUGAACAGUCUACCCCUGAGGUUUCACCUGAAGAAGAAAUUCUAACAAAUCAAAAGAGAGAGACUGGAAUGGAAGGAUCAUUUGUUUUUGAUGAGGGAGAAACAUUUGAGGAUAAUAAAGUUGGAAAUGAUGAGGAUGAAUUUGAGCAGUCAACCCCAGAAGAUGAUAUUCAAACAAGUCAAUUAAAAACUACUGGAAUGGACGAUUCUGCUAUUCUAGAUAAAUGUGAACAAUUUGAUGAUACAACAGAUGAGCCCUCAAUACAAGAUUUGUCAUCCAAUCAGAGGGAAGACCUUGAAAGUUUUGUUGCUCCUGUUGGAGGACAAACAAUGGAUGAUGGUUCUGAAGCUGUAAAUUAUUCUGAGGAGUCUAUACAGUUUAAAGAAUCUGUUGAAGAAGAAAUGAAACCUUUAGUUUCUUUAGAAAAAGAAGAACCUGAUUCAGACCUGCACAUGGAGAAUCAAGACAAACAAGAGGAAACAACAUGUUCUUUAGAACCUGCUGAUGGAAAAACAAUUGAAGGUCACCUUGUUGAAGAGAGUAUGGGUCAACAGAUAGAGGAGGUGACAAGUGCAGAAACACCAACUGACAGUUAUGGCAUGGAAGGUGAUGUGGAUUCUGCCAUACAAUCACCCCUAUCUCAAAAUGAUAUGCUGCAGUCUCCAUCUAGUGAUGAAAAUGCACAACUGUAUGUAGAACAUGAAAAUGAGAAAAAUCUGAUGUCAUCUUCUCUAACUGGAGAAUUUGUUGACCAAGAUGAAGCUAUUCAAACAUAUCAGCCAUGUAUGCAAAAUGGUGUAUCCCAUUCAGCUUCUGAGGAAGUAACUCCUGAAAAAGAAGAAAAUGAACAUCCCUGCUUUCAGAAUGGCAUAUCUCAGUCAACAUCUGAUGAAUUCACUCCAGAAAGGGAAGAAAAGACUGACUUCAAUUUAACUGAAAAAGAAGGAAAGCAAGAAAUAGUUACAAAAAUUGAAACAAAAUCUGAGGUGAAGGACAGUAUUGCAAAAUCUGAAGUGAAAAAGAAAACUGGAGUUAUGAAAACUGAGGUUAAAAGAAUAGAGCAGAGUUCUCCAAAAAAGACAUUAAAAUUGACCAAGCCAGACAGUCAGAAAAAAGAUAUCACCAAGGAAACCAAGAAGAUAACAAAAGAUACCACUAGGAAGAAAGAUACAUUAAGUAAACUUCCAUCACCUACAAAAACUGAAAAACGAAGCAUGUCAACCAGUAGAUUGACAACCCCACCUACCAGAACAGAUAAACCUGCAACAAGAAUGCCAAGGGACACAACUCGUAAACCCAGACCUGCUUCAACAACUGAACCUGCAAAACAAACUAAACAAAGACCCAAAUCUAUUGACAUAUCAAGGACUAGUUCACUAACCAGGCCAACUAAGAGUAGCCUCUGUAAGUCCCGUACUUUCGAGAAGUCUGCAUUAGAAGGUGCAUCCAGUCCAACCAAACCGCUAAAAAGUGUUCCUAAGACAGCACCAUCUAGAUACAGAAUAACAAGAUCCAAAAAAGAUGCUUCUUCAGACAGUGGUGUAGAAGAAGACAAAUCUCCCAGAAAGACAGAAACACAGAAAAAGUCACAAGAUGACAAAAUGACCAGAUCGACUAGUGCUAAAAGGUCAACAAUACCAACCAUGAAUAGAACCCAACCUACAAAAUCUGAAGGAAGUCCCAGAAAAACUGCAGGAAAACCAACACCGACAAAAACGACUCAGUCAAAGAUUGGUUCACUUAACAACACCAAGUAUUCACCUGGUGGAGGACAGGUUAAGAUACAGAGUCAAAAGCAAGAUUUCUCAAAAGUAAGCAGUAAAAUAGGAUCAAAGGAUUAUCUUACUCAUAAACCUGCAGGUGGAGAAAAAAAGAUUCUUUCCCAGAAGUUAGAAUGGAAAGCAGAAUCAAAAGUUGGUUCACUAAAAAAUGCCACUUACUCACCACGUGGCGGUAACGUCAAAAUUCAGACUGAGAAAUUAGCGUGGAAUGUCCAGUCCAAAGUGGGAUCUCUGGAUAACUCCUCUCAUUCACCUGGAGGCGGUCAUGUUAAAAUCACAAAUGAAAAAAUAAAUUGGAAAGCGGAACCUCGAAUUGGUUCUAUGGACAAUACUGGUUAUGUGCCAGGUGGCGGUAAUGUUCAUAUCCAAUCAGAGAAAUUAAAAUGGAAAGCAGAACCUCAAGUUCAUUCCUUGGAAAACACUGGUUAUGUACCAGGUGGCGGUAAUGUUCAAAUACAGCAUCAUCCUAUAAAUUGGAAUACCCAUUCUAAAGUAGACUCAUUAGAAAAUGCACAUUAUUCCCCAGGAGGCGGUAAUGUCAAAAUUCAUGAAGAGAAAUUAACAUGGAAUGUACAUUCUAAAGUGAACUCGUUAGAAAAUGCUCAAUACACAGCUAGGGGAGGGACACACAGAUUUCCUUUUCCGAUUGAAAACAAGAAGUUAGACUUUAAAGAUAAGGCACAGUCCAAAGUUGGUUCUAAAGAUCAUAUGAAUCACAAAGCUGGUGGCGGAGAUAAAAAGAUAGAAUCACAGAAAUUGAUGUUUAAAGAGAAAGCACAGUCUAAAGUUGGUUCUAAAGACAAUAUUGACCAUAAACCUUUAGGAGGAGAUAAAAAGAUUGAUACUCAGAAAUUGACAUUUAAAGAAACGGCAAAACCUCGAACAGACACUGGAGUGGCUCCUGGGAAAUCUAGACCAGACAGUGGAAUAGAAUGUGAGAAAACAGAGGCUUCUGUUUAAAGACAAACUCUUCUGUUUUUAAUUUCAUUGUUUUAUUUCAAUUUUUACAAAAUGAGUUAUUCCCCUUCUAUUACAUAUAGGAGAGAAAUAUCUCUGUGUGCUAUUGUUUCGAUAGGAAAUUUAAAACUGAGUUUGAGUGAGCAUCUUGGUAAUUUAAGAACAAAAGAAUUUAAAUGAAAAAAAAUAGUCUAGUUAUUAGAUUUCCUUUUCAUAAAUACAUAAUCAAAAUAAGGGGCUAGAGGAAUUCAGCACAAGCCCUAUUAAUAUAAAAAUAAGGAGAUUAAGACAAUUUGUAGUGAUAGAAACUUUUUCUAAUUUCUAAUCCUAAAUAUUUUAUAUGGAAUUGUUGAUUUUUUUUACAAAUGAAGUCAUAUAUUAUUUUAUAUUAUUCCUCUAGCCACCUCUGCAUGGAAUCAUAACUUUGUUUUAAUGAUGUUAAUUUUUGUAAUUUCAAAAAGCUGCCAUAUUGAUUCUAGACACAAAGCUAGUUAUCACUAGAAAAUAUAUGUAGCACAUUAUAUAUUCACAGAAAAUAAUGUAACCUUAUCAAGCAGCCAAAAAACGAUUUUUUUGGGGUAAAAAUGUAACUUUUUUAAGCACCAAACAAAAAUGAAAAAAUACUACAAUUUGCAAACUAUUCUACAUACAGGAUUUAGAAAUGAAUUACUUUUAUGCUUUUAAGAUCAUUUUAAUGUUUAAAAAUAUUUGAAAAAAAGAUAUAUAGUCUGAACAGUAGAAAAUUCAAAUUGAAAUAGAAAUUUCAUAAAUAUUUCAUAGAUUUACAACAUUUUAAGUGGAAUAAAUUAUCUAAAACUGAUAUUGAAAUUAAAUGAUCACAAUCAUCAAUAAUUAGCCUUUAACUAGAACCACCGAAUUAUUGAGUUAAUCUUGCACAACAAAUGCAGUUAUCUACCUUGCACAGUUUUGUAUUGUAUAUUUCCUUGCCAGGUCUUUAUAAGUAUGAUAUUAUCUGUCAUGAAAUUGUAAAGGUUUGUACUUUGUACCAGGUGAUGGUCAAUAUGAGGUUAAAGAAAAAGACAGAAAUAUGUGUAUUUGUAUCAUAUUUGGCCAAUCAUAAAUGUCUCAUUAAAAUCUAAUGUAAGAUGAAAAUUUACUUCAUGCAUACAAAUUAACUUCGUUUGUUUGUUAGUUGAACCAGUAAUUCUUAAUAGGCUGUUACAGUUAUAUGUAUGGAAACCUCAAAAACGAUUUUCAGUCAUCUUUUUCUUGCAUGUCCCAUGAUUCUAUUGCCUAAUGUUAGACUUUAAAUGGGUAGUUUAUGAAAGUGAUUUUGAUUUUAUGGUCCUUUUAGUAGACUUAAGUUUCUUAUUCUUUCUACACACUCAAGUAUAUAUACUGUCAAGUUUUUAGUUUAAAUUUCAGUUCAAAAUGAGAUUUAAAAAAAAUGAUGUUUAGAAAGAAGAGAAAAAUUCUUGCACUGGUUAAGUCAAAAGUACAUUGUCAGUUUUUGGAACAGCAAUAUUUCAAUAGAAAGUCUUUUCUUUAACUUUUCCCUCACAUUUAUAUAUAUAUCAGCACUAUUAUUUUUUCUGUGAACAACUGAGAAUAAAUCUUUUAGUAUUCUUGACCUUGGAAUAAUACAUACAUAUUAUAGGUCCCAAUCUUGACAUGAUAAAGGUUUCUUAUUCGAUGUAUUAUGAUUAGGGAGACAACUCAUUUAAUAACAGUUUUCCAAUCAUAUCAUUUUUUAAAGAUGUAUCAUAAUCAUACUGUAAUUUCAUAUUGUGUAUUAUGUCUACAUUGUGUUAAUAAAAAGAAGAUAAUUUAAACCUAUUUUUGCAAUGGAUGAACUCCAAAAAAAAUCCUAAUAUAAAUACUACAAAAUAUAAAUACUACAAAAAUAGUGCUUAUUGUAUUAUGUAGUCAAUGUAAACAUGUUUCCAUUCAGUUAUUGAAAUAUAUAUGUAAAGUGCUUUGGGUGAAUAAAAAACAUUAAAUCUGAUCAGAUCAAAUCACCAGUUUUGGGAAAGUCUGAAUUAAAAAAAACAUGUCUAGUGAGGUUAUAAAUUUUCAUUUUGAUGUGAAUUUUUAAUGCAGUUUUUGAGCCAAAAUAUCUGUUAACCUGUAUGAACCUGUAUGAAGUAGUUCAACUAUUCAGGCUGCCAUUACUAUUCUGUUGCAUCCUGUUUAGGUGAUGUUUUUUUUUAUUAUUGCUUCCAUUACUGUAUAAUCAUGUUAGAAGUGGAGUUAUUAUUAUGUUAUAAUGUAUGUGUCAAAUAUUGACUAUAAAAUAUCUAUAAUCAAUACACAAGAAAUGGAAUGCCAUUUAAGUUGGUAUCAAAAUGUAUAAUUAUUUUAAGAGAAAAGGAUAACAGUUCUAUGUAAAAUUGUACUGUUUUAUAGUUAUUUAAGGUAAUUUUUUUUAUUACAGAGUAAAUUCCUUCAUUAAAAAUUUCCUCAAGACACAAAUAGCAGACUGAAUAAGUCCUUAUUUUUACAUUGAGAAAAAAAAAUUAUGCAGCCAUCAAAAAUUUAACAUUAAUUCUAAUAAAUGAAUGAUAAUAAACCAAUCAUUUUCUGCUAUUUUGAAUUAAUAUUGUAAAAAAAAUCAAUUAAACCAAUUUAAAUAUGUUCAUUCCACUAAAGCCAAUUUAGGUGGAAAAAAACUAAUUUGAUUUCGAAAGCAGUUUUUAUUUUUUCAGAUUAGGACCUAACAUUUGACAAGUUCUAGUACGUAUUGAACCAUUGAAAUAUUUUGUGAACAAGUACUUAACUAUGAACAAUUUCAGUCUGCUUAUAGCCAAAGAUCUGUGUUGUCUACAAUGCUUUUUAUGGUUAAUCUUUCUGCAAUAAAAUCAUCUGUCAUUCUA